AUGUUGUCCCAAGUCACCGCGCUCCUACUAUUGCUUCUAGCAACAACACUCGCAACAGCAGCGCCUAACUGCCCGCCCCUCGGCCCCGUCUUCGAAAAGCCGCGAAACUUCAAGUCCAGUGCCGCCAUCCGCGCCGCUCUCGCCAACCUAACCGAGGCCUUCCAAGCCCGCGACACCGACGACUCGGCGGCUGUCCGCGCCAACAUCACCAGCUACAGCCUCGAGGUGUUCAGCAUCAGCGACAUCGAUCCGGUCGUCUUCAGCUGGCAUCACACCGCUUCUGCACACGCUUCGAGCAACAUUACCAAUGGUGGGGUGAAGAAGACGGAUUCCAAUACAGUCUACCGUCUGGGCAGCUUGACCAAGAUCUUUACCGUUUAUACGUGGCUGGCGCAGGACGGGGAUGUGCGAUGGAAUGAGCCGAUUACCAAGUAUGUGCCCGAGCUAGCGGAGGCGGCGGAUAAGGCGAAGGAUGAUCCGGUUGGAAACGUGCAGUGGGGGGAGGUGACAGUGGGCAGUCUUGCGGGACAGUUGUCGGGGGCUGUGAGGGAUUAUGGCUUAAUGGGCGAACUUACGCAGACGGUCGACCAGAAUACUGCGAUCCAGCUUGGAUUUCCGGGUCUGAACAGCUCAGAUCCGACUCUGCCCAAGUGCGGCGUUUGGCCCCAUUGCAACAGGACUGAAUUCUUCUCCGGCCUCCUGCAAGUCUACCCCUCCUACGCGCCCUUCACCACCCCAGCCUACACCAACACCGGCUUCCAAAUCCUCGCCUACGCGCUUGAGUCCAUCAAAGGCAAGCCCUUCCAACAGCUCAUGGAAGAAUCCAUACUCCGCCCGCUCAACCUUUCCCACACCUUCUACAACAAGGCCCCGUCAAACCUCGGCAUCAUCCCCGGCCCUGGCUCCGCCUCCGACGCCCAAUGGGACUACCAACUCGGCGACGAGAACCCAGCAGGAAACAUGUACUCCUCCGUGCGCGACAUCUCCGCCCUCGGCCGCUCCAUCAUGCGUUCCACGCUUUUAGCUCCCGCCCUCACGAACCGCUGGCUCAAACCGACAUCUUUAACCUCCGAACCCAACGCGGGAGUCGGCUACCCCUGGGGCAUCCGGCGCAUCGUGCUGUCUAGCGUGACCAACGGCAAGCGUGUGGUAGACGCUUACAACAAGGCCGGGCGGAUAGGUUACUACAACUCGCUCUUGAACCUGUUACCGGACUACGGCGUCGGCUUUUCCGUCUUGCUGGCUAGUCCGAACCUGCCCGCCAACGCGAACUUCAACCUCGCGGAUGUGCUAGGUGAGCAGCUUCUGCCAGCGCUGGAAGCGGCAGCGCGAGAACAGGCGCAGGACACCUACGGCGGGACGUACUCCAACGGCGGCAACUCGUCGCUGGAAAUAACCACCCAGCCCGAUCGCCCCGGGCUGGGAAUCGAGAACUGGGUGUCCAACGGGACGGACAUGCAGUACGUCUCUGUCGUUUUGGCAGCGGGGUACUCGCCCGUUAAUCCGUCGAUCAGGCUGUACCCGACAGGUCUGGAGACGGUGAUUCCCGGCGAGAUGAACCGCGAUACGGGGCGCGCGGCGACGAAAGGAAAGAGGGUGGCGUAUAAGGCCGUCUUUGAGGAUCUGAACGUACCGGCCAGAAACCCGCUGAGCAUGUUCUCGACGGACUGUGGGAGCUGGGUUAGCUUGACCGGGGUCACGUAUGGGAGUAUGCCGUUGGAUCAGUUUUUCUUUGAAGUGGAUGGAAAUGGCAAGGUGGUGAGUGUGGAGAAUGCGGCGUUGAGGAUGGUUAUGAGGAGGGGAUGA